AUUAUUUUCCCCCUUCGUGUGGGGCGAUUUACAAGGCGGGCUAGGAUUGGUAUAUGUAUGCAUGUCAAAGAAGCGAUCUAGAGGCGACGCUGAUAUAUCCGAUGAGGAAGAAGACCUAGGCGCCGGGAGCAGCGAUCUUCUCGAGCGGCCCAGCAUGGAGAACAUAUGGAAGGAGGCGUUCCCUGUUGGAACAGAGUGGGACCAGUAUGAUAAACUUUACGAAGUGAACUGGGAUUUCUCAAAUCUCGAGCGAGCAUUUGAGGAAGGAGGACAGCUCUAUGGGAAGCGAGUGUAUAUGUUUGGCUGUACCGAACCUCAACUCGUACAAUUCCGGGAUAACCAUAAGGUGAUUCACAUUCCAGCCGUCGUUGCGGUGACGUCGCCGUUCCCUCCCUCGGACAAAGUCGGGAUAAAAUCAGUUCAGAUGGAAGGUGAAAUGAUCGUCCCUAUGAGAGAAAUGAAGAUGGACUGGAUGCCUUACAUACCGGAAGACGUUUUGACGCAUAGUUCUUUGGAGCGAUACAAGUGCGAGAUUUUUACCCUGAAGUGCACUCAAAGAAGAGUAGCUCUGAGGCAUUUGAAAAAGGAGCGCAUCAAGAAGUACGAGUACUGUCUGCCAUAUUUAUACCGACCAUGGAGGGAGGAAGAAAAGGAAGACGAUACUGUUGUCUCUAUUAUGUUCACUAUGGAUGAAGGAAAACCACCGAUUGUCACGCAAUACGACUGGGCUUUUGACGAACUCGAGGAGUUCACAACAAACCUUAUCGACGAAGAAGCACUGCCAAAAGAUGAGAGGGAAAAGUUCCAGGAAUGCAUAAUGGAAAACGUCAAGGCCGAGAAGAAGAGACAGAAAGAGGCUCGAUUGGCUCGGAAGAAAGCCAUCGAAGAGAUGAGCGAGGAGAAAAAGGCAGCUCUGGAGAACAUGAAACUAUACAAGUUCUACCCCGUGAAAACCGACGACACUCCUGAUGUUGAGAACCUCAAGAGUCCUUUCAUCAACAGAUACUACGGCAAGGCGGACGAGGUUCAUUGAUCCUCGGCAAUCGCAUUUUUAUCUUGACAAGAAACAAUUAGCUACGUAGAGAGGCUGAGAGGGGCGAUCUAAAAAUUCUUUUUUGUUCCUUGGAUCUUUUUUUCCCCUCUUCCAUCUCCCUCGAUCGAGAUGAAGCUCGGGAAAAAAAAAUCUCGCUUGUACCAUCUGAGAACGAGGAAAAGAACUGAUGAAUUGUUGGUU